AUGGCGGCGGGCACGGAGAACACACACCAAGCCCGUAGCGGCCGAAUUCAGGCUCCUGUUCGCCUGCGUCUUGCAGACAAACUACUCUGGCUCAGUGCUAAAAGAACCCGCGGAAACUGCUUGUCGGCCCCAGUCCCGCCGAAUCCUGUAGAGGUAAAUGCCAACCGAGCCUUCAUAGGCAGUGGCAACAGGAUUGAGACCGGGCUCGGGAGGGCCGAUCUCUCCCUUCGUCCCCGAAGAAUUCACCAGGAAUCUGCAGAAAAGGCUGUAUUGGAACAAUUGGGAUUUCCUUUAACUGGAACAGAGACUAGGUGUUAUACUAAUCAUGCCUUGUCUUAUGAUCAGACAAAGCGGGUGCCUAGAUGGGUUCUCGAACAUAUAUCCAGAAGUAAGAUCAUGGGUGAUGCCGACAGAAAACAUUGUAAAUUCAAGCCUGAUCCCAACAUCCCUCCAGCCUUCAGUGCCUUCAAUGAAGACUAUGUUGGAAGUGGCUGGUCACGAGGACACAUGGCUCCAGCAGGAAAUAACAAAUUUUCUAGUAAAGCCAUGGCUGAAACCUUUUACCUUUCUAAUAUUGUGCCUCAGAAUUUUGAUAAUAAUUCUGGAUAUUGGAACAGAAUAGAAAUGUACUGUCGUGAACUGACAGAGAGGUUUGAAGAUGUUUGGGUAGUGUCUGGACCUUUAACCUUACCUCAGACUAGAAGUGAUGGGAAAAAAACAGUUAGUUACCAGGUGAUUGGUGAGGACAAUGUGGCAGUUCCUUCACACCUUUGUAAGGUGAUACUGGCUCACAGAAGCCCAGAGUCUACUGAACCGCUGGCACUGGGGGCCUUUGUGGUGCCCAAUGAAGCCAUUGGUUUCCAACCACAGUUAACUGAAUUCCAAGUGAGCCUCCAGGACCUAGAGAAGUUGUCGGGACUGGUGUUUUUCCCUCGUUUGGAUAGAAGCAGUGAUAUCAGAAAUAUCUGUUCUGUGGACACCUGUAAGCUUCUGGAUUUCCAAGAGUUCACUCUGUACCUGAGCACAAGAAAGAUUGAGGGAGCCCGUUCAGUGCUCAGACUGGAAAAGGUCAUGGAAAACUUGAAGAAUGCAGGAAUUGAACCAGAUGAUUACUUCAUGAGUCGCUCUGAGAAGAAGCUAAAAGAACUCAAAGCGAAGGAGCAGUCAGGAACCCAGACGGGAAAGCCAUCCUAGUUUUUAAUCUCAGAAGACGUGCUAAUCAGCUGAAAUGAGGCAGGCAUGCAUUCUUCAGGCUGAUGUAUUUCGUGGCUUUCCUUUAAAGAAAUGAUGGAAUCCUAAAUU